UGGAGAGCAACUCGUAGGCAACGUCUCGCGCAAACGACAAGGCCUUCGAGUAUUUUAAUACGAUGGGUGGAGGUGAACGAUGAGUAUUAGAACUGCACCCGUCUGUCCCCAUUGGCAACCCCACCAAUAGCAACCACCACCUUCUCGCUCCAUCUCCCUUCUUCUUCCUCCAUCUUGUUUCCUGACAAAAAAGCUCUUUCGUUGCUGCCAAGAGCGUACGGAAAUUACUGUUUGAUGGAGUAAGUGGGUGCCUUGAAUCGGCGGCGGAGGGAAGUCGUCACUGCGGGAAGCUUCUCUUCUGGUUGUGAUGAACGGGAGCUGCAGCGACGAGCUCGAGAGGUGCGAGCCCGAGGAGGCCGGGAUCGCGUCCGACGCCAACGAUAGGAGCCUCCGGUCAGGUGGAUCCGGCGAUGACGCCAAACCUGUUCGCUCUUUGGCUCCUUCCUCCUCUUCAGCUCCCUCUCCGAAGAGAAGCCGGCGGGCGGUGGAAAAGCGGGUAGUGACGGUUCCGAUCAGCGACGCGAAGGGCACCGGCGAGGGGGCUCCGCCGGCUGAUUCGUGGGCAUGGCGGAAGUACGGACAGAAGCCCAUCAAGGGCUCACCUUAUCCCAGGGGUUACUACAGGUGUAGCAGCUCCAAGGGGUGCCCGGCGAGGAAGCAGGUGGAGCGGAGCAGAGUCGACCCGGAUGCGAUCGUGGUUACCUACUCCUUCGACCACAACCACCCAUGGCCCCUCCCCAAGAACCACCACCACAAGCACGCAGCGGCGGCGAUGCAGCAGACUGUCGAGGACCAGCCGCCACCGCAGAACCAGUCCAGCCCGCCGGAGUCCGCGGAGCGUGACGAGAAGUUCUCCGACCUGAUCGCGGAGGAGGAACCGGCGCUCUUGGUCGACGCCCCCGGCGGCGGCUUCCAGUGGUUCGCUGACGUGUGCUCGACGCCCUCGACCUCCCCGUCCGCGGCCGGCUCCUGCGAGCUGCUCUACGGUUCGGUCUUCUUCGCCGGGGCCCAGGCCGCGGCCGCGCUGCCGGAGGAGCAGGAGGCCGGCGGCCGGGUGGUGGAAGAGGAGGACUCUUUGUUCGCGGGCCUGGGGGAGCUGCCCGAGUACUCGGUGGUGCUCCGCCGGGGCCUGGCGUCCGCCUCGUGGGUGGGGACCACCGGGUGAGAGUGAGCCCCACCCCACCACAUCCCUUGGCAGCCAGGCCGGCCGUCGAUCCGAUCGAGGGGAGCCCCGUGCGCCGUACGAUUGGCUAAUCUUUCUCGGUAGUCGACGUCUCAAAACUGCCGUCUUCCCGAUAUUUUCUUCCUCCUCCCUUUCAUCCAUGGCUUCAUCAAUAAUAGAUCUCCGUGACAUCGUUUUCA